AUGCCUUCCUUCACCGUCUACAAGGGCUCCAAGGACAGCAAGAUUGUCAAGGGUCAAACUACCAAGCCUGACCUUCAGGAUGACCAGGUCCUCAUCAAAGUAACCGCCUCCGGUCUUUGCGGAACUGAUGAGCACUACAAGGAGGCCGACAUGGCUCUCGGCCACGAGGGUGUCGGUAUCGUUGAAGAGCUUGGUCCCAACGUCAAGGAACUGAAGAAGGGUGACCGUGUCGGAUGGGGAUACGAGCACAACUCCUGCGGCCGCUGCGACCAAUGUCUUACAGGCCGUGAGACCUACUGCAACCAGCGCGAGAUGUACGGCUCACACAACCUCGACCAGGGUAGCUUUGCUUCCCACGCCGUCUGGCGCGAGUCUUUCGUCUUCAAGGUUCCCGAUGAGUUGAGCGACGCUGAUGCCGCACCUCUGAUGUGCGGUGGUGCUACCGUAUUCAACGCCCUCCACACCUACAACGUCAAGCCUACCGACCGCGUUGGUGUCAUGGGUGUCGGUGGUCUUGGUCACUUGGCCAUCCAAUACGCCGCCAAGAUGGGCUGCGACGUCGUCGUCUUCUCCGGUUCAGACAACAAGAAGGACGAGGCCAUGAAGCUCGGCGCAAAGGAGUUCAUCGCCAUGAAGGGAAAGACUGAGAUUAGCGUCAGCCGCCCCGUUGACGCUCUCCUUGUCACCACCUCGGUCAUGCCAGACUGGAAGAUGAUGCUUCCCGUCCUCAACUCCAACGCCAUCAUCUUCCCCAUGACUGUCUCCUUCGAUGACUUCGCUAUCCCCCACAUGGGCCUCAUCUCCAAGGGUAUCACCGUCCAGGGUUCCGUUGUCGCCGCCAGGGCUGUACACCGCAACAUGUUGGCUUUCUCCGCGCUACACGGCAUCAAGCCCAUCACCAUGGAGUUCCCGUUGACCGAGAGCGGUAUCGAGGAGGCUAUGACCACGCUGAGGGAUGGAAAGAUGAGGUACCGUGGUGUUCUUAAGCCCCAGUAG